CCGCGCACCCGCGGCCCCUCCUCGCCUCGCCAUGGUGGAGCAGGGAGACGCCGCGCCGCUGCUGCGCUGGGCCGAGGGCCCCGCCGUCUCCCUGCCGCAGGCCCCGGAGCUGCCCGCGGGAGGCCGGGCCCGGGGCGGCGGCGGGGGCGCGCGGCCGGCCGCGGAGCUGCCCGCGAGGCGGGAGCCCGAGGGCCCGGCUGCCUCCGAGGUGCUGCUGCAGCCCGGGCGCCUGGAGCUGCGCGACGUGGAGGAGGACCAGGUGGUGGCCGUGUUCGUGGUCACCUUCGAUCCCCGCUCGGGAAACAUGGUGGAAUGGUGCUUACCUCAAGAUAUUGACCUUGAAGGCGUUGAGUUCAAGUCUAUGGCCAGUGGGUCCCACAAAAUUCAGUCCGAUUUCAUCUAUUUCCGAAAGGGGCCCUUCUUCGGCCUGGCCUGCUUCGCCAACAUGCCCGUGGAGAGCGAGCUGGAGCGUGGUGCGCGCAUGAAGUCGGUGGGCAUCCUGUCUCCGUCCUACACCCUGCUCUACCGCUACAUGCACUUCUUGGAGAACCAGGUUCGACACCAGCUGGAGACGCCGGGGCAUUACUCUCACCUGGCCGCCUUCUACGAGGACAAGAAGGGAGUGCUGCAUGCUGGUCCUGGGAGAGGCGGGAGCCUGCCCCCUGUGUGCUGGCUGCCUUCCAUCCACCGCUACAUGUACCCCGAGAUGAAGAUCACACACCCAGCUGGCUGCAUGUCUCAGUUUAUCAAGUUCUUUGGCGAACAGAUCCUCAUCCUCUGGAAAUUUGCCUUACUUCGAAAGCGCAUCCUGAUCUUCUCCCCGCCGCCCGUAGGCGUCGUGUGCUAUAGAGUGUACUGCUGCUGCUGCCUGGCCAACGUGUCACUGCCCGGCAUUGGGGGCACUGUUCCCGAGUCCAAGCCCUUCUUCUAUGUGAACGUGGCCGACAUCGAGAGCCUGGAGGUGGAGGUGUCCUAUGUGGCCUGCACCACAGAGAAGAUAUUUGAGGAGAAGCGGGAGCUGUACGACGUCUACGUGGAUAACCAGAACGUGAGGACGCACCACGACCACCUGCAGCCCCUGCUGAAGCUCAACAGCGCUGACAGGGAGAAGUACCGGCGGCUCAACGAGCAGAGGCAGAUGCUGCUGUACUCCCAGGAGGUGGAGGAAGACUACAGCCCCUGCGAAGAGGACCUCUUUGUGCUGUUUUUCCUGGAGCAGAACAACCGGAUAUUUCAGACUUUGUUGGAGGUGUCCGCCAGUCAGGACAAAACUCUGACAGCAGAGCACGCGCGGGGCAUGGGUCUCGACCCCCAGGGCGACCGCGGCUUUCUCAUGGACCUGCUGGAGGCCUACGGCAUCGACGUCAUGUUGGUCAUCGACAACCCCUGCUGCCCGUAGGCAGAGGGCGCGGGCCCGGGCAGCCGGAGCUGGCCUCGCCUCUGACGGCUCCUGCUUCCCAGCCAGCGUCCGCUUCGUGACUUCCUGCCUUCCUUCUCCGGAGGGGAGGGGAGGGUGCCCUGCUCGGGUCCUGCCAUGAGGACUCCGCCACUGUCUCCCGGAGCUGCCUGCUCCUUGGCUGUGGUGUCGGGAGUUGCGUCGCCAGGAGCGGGCUGAGCUCUGGACACCCGAGGGUGACUGCUCGGAAAGUGGCCUUGGUCUCUGUCGCGGGAUGUGUUCAGGAACGAGACGGCCAGCUGUCCAGUGUGGCCUUAGACCUUGCAAGGGUUUUCAGUCGGUUCUAGGACUCGGUGGGGAAUCACGGGAGUGGGGGCCACAAGGAGAGGCAGAAGGAUGUGCCCAAGCCCGGCUUCUGCGAGGACCGGCAGGGCCAGGUUGCUCACUGCUCUGCCUGAGGUCAGAGUGGAGCCUGGACGUCCUCCUCAGAGGCAGGUCAUGGUGGCCACUCGGUGUCCUGUUCCUUUGUCGCAGUCCCCUGCUCUUGGGCUGAGCCGGCAAAUUCCUAAGGGCCGGUGUUGGACCUGGAACUUGCAAGCAAAUGGACUCGCAGGGCUGAGUGUGCUUUUGGAGUACGGGGUGGUGGUAAAGGGCGGGGCCCUGGCACGCGCGCAGGACAGAGAGCGGCCGAGUGCGCAGAGGCUGGAGCCUGCGGCGGACGCGCCUGUGUGCGUGUCGGGCCUCACACGCGUCUCCCGUGGAAGUGACACGCUUAGGCCGAGUAGCGGGCUCCAGAGACCUAAGACAGGACUUGCUAGGAAAUCUGACAGUGCCUUCCUCCAGGAAGCCCGCGUGUCCGCAGUGAACGUACCAGCCUGCUCCGAGACGCUGCGGGGAGCGCGGGCCCCUAGCCCACCCUGUGCCCUGAGGCUGGCAGCCGCAGUGAGAGGGCGACUGUUACUCGUACUCGGAAAGCCAGCUCUUCCGAGUCGUCGGGGUCUCGCCCUAGUGGAGGGUUUCGGCUUGGGAUACGGUGGUUGGUGAUAAGUCGUCUCUCACUUCCCCGCCCGACCUGGAAAUGCCACCCGUGUGCCGUGCCUGUGGUCAGGAUCAGCCAGGCAUGGACACAGCAGAGAGAAGUAACCUCCGAACGGAAGGCUCACUCCUCUGUCUCAAGACUGGGUUCUUAGGGCUUAACUGCUUUAAUCAAAAAAAAUCUCCGCUGUUGCUCCUUGCUAAAGAGUUUAAGACUGAAGGAAUCCACACAAGUGCAGACACUGAAUCAAGGGGACAUCUUACUUAUGUAAAUAUAUAAAUAGGUUUGGUUACUGAAAUGUGCAACUAAUAACACUUUUCUCUGCAGUGUGGGGCCAGCCAUCAUUUCAGUAAGAUGUGUGUUUACAAAAGGAAAAACCACUGUGUGUAGCUAUCUGUGUGUAGCUGUCCCCUUUCUGAGUGGCCGUCUCGCGCUGCCUCUCUGGAGGGAGGGACUUUCUUACUUGGGUCAAGUAAUGGCUGCUUCUAGUGGUCUCCUAGGGCUCAGUGGGUGGCUAGAGGCAGGGGUAGGGGUGAGGGGCGGGGCCUGACUCCUGGAGGGGGAGGGCACGGGCAGACCCUCACUUCCUGGAACCGGGACGGGGCUGCACGGACAGUGUUGAAGCACUUGUGCACCUGAGCCCUCUCGUGCUGAGGGUUAGCAGGGUGGCAAUGAGGUCCUGUUUUCACUGGCGCUGUGAGUCGGGGCUUCCGGGCUCCUUGGGUCUCCCUGCUGUCCUCCUGGUGUCUGUGUGUGUCCCCGCCUCGUAAUCAGAUAGCCCCGAGGCACGGGUGUCCCAGAGGGCAAUGGACCAGUGAGGCGGUGUCACACCUUAGGGGGUCUGCACUCAGCUGACCCUAAAGCAAAACUUGAGUCUCUGCCCAGCUCGUCAGCUUCCUCAAGGGGCAGGAGCCUGGUGCGGGGCACCCCGGCCUGGCUGACCAACACGGGUAAACGGCGCGUGUCUUGCUGAGUCGGCGAGUGCGGCCUCUUGCUUGCAAGGUCCCCAUUUGAAGGUUUGCCUUGGCCCAGCUGCCCGCUCCCUGGCAGGGAUGGGGGCCUCCGCAGUCGUGGCAGAAGCUGAGCUGGGUGCGUCCACUGACCGCUCACCCGCCAGCUGCCGUUGUUCGAAGUUGGUGGCUGCGGUCCGGGUGUGCACCCUCUGUAGGGGUGGGCACUCUGACGACUGGAAACCGAGGGUGUGCUCCCUUCUGCCGUCCCUGCCCAAGUGCGAGUGACCCAUGACACUGGGCCUGUCCUAUCACUCCUGUGUAAGCUGGAGAAAACGCCAGGUGUCACGAUUCCUUGUGGGGAUUGCUGUCCAGGCAGGAUGUGACAAAGGCCCGCUGGCGUGGAUGUUUCCAAGUGCGGGCUCAGCGGACGGCAGCUCUCAGCCUUUGGGAAGAGGUCCAGUUGCUGCCUGGCUUCGGACUCUGUUUAGAAGGAGUCAGAAAUGGUAGGGCCUUGUCUGCCACCAGACUCAAAAAUAUGGGCCAAAUGAUUUUAGAGUUAGCUGUGGCUGUAGUGACACGUGACGCCUUCCAUAUGCCUGGCGUAGAUCCAUCCCGGUGUCGGCGUCCCAGCUCGGGCCCGCAGGGUCUCUAAGUUAGGACUGCAGUGAGUUGGAAGGCACUUGCCUGCCACAUGCGGCGUCUGUUGUGCGUCUCCUCUUCCGUGUGUGUGGGGAGGCGGGGGUGCUGGAUUUUCUGACGUUCUGACCGGAGUUCUGCCUUGGAACCUGCCGCUGGAGCGCACCUUGUUCUCUUCCACCUAGCGCUCUAGGCGGGGUGGGUAAUUCCAGGAGCCACAGUGGCGUCCUCUGUCACACAGCACCCAGGACAUUCCAGCUAGCAGGAGAAUCACAGCUGAUUCACUGCUUGUCAUUCUGGUGACUACUUGGUGUCUGUCUGGGUGCACUGAAAGCCCUCCAAACACAACCGAGUGACUCACCUUUGACCGGGCCGGGGGCGACCUUUUGUGAAGAGCAGAGAGGAUCAGCCCCUCGGAGGGAGGGCAGUGGCGCCCCAGGAGAGGCGGAGCCUGCUUUCCCCUCCGACCUGGGUGGCCCAGGGAAUGGGCUGAGCUGCUUCCAGGCCCAAGGCGGACCAUCCUUGGAGGUCAGGGAGGGGGGUGGAGCCUGGGGCGAGUGCAAUCACUAGACACUGUUGGGCUUGGCAGUGACUGCCUUGGUGUGAGGACAGCUCCCCAAUGGGCCCAGCGCGCCCUGUGUGGGCUUCCUCCUCCCCACUCCUGAGGUGGGGGUCCUGCAGGCCCGGCCCCACCCCUCUCAUUUCAGGAAAACCUCUUCUGACUCCCAAGUCGUGGGUUUUUCGUAUUCCAUUUUCCUUACUAAUCUACCUCUGUUCCCAGGAGCAGCUGGCGCACGGAGUGCUGUGGGAAGGGCUGACUGUGAAUAAGUUAAUGUCUGUCUUACGAGCAUUGGAAGUUUAUUUUUAUACUGCUGUUUCUAUGUGCUGAGCCAAGUAUGAAGAUGUUAAAUGCAGGGGAAGUUCAAACCACGACUCUAGAAGGAAGGGAAAGUUCUGUAACUGGGUAGCAGCUGAGACCCCAGAGAAGUUUUACUCUGAGUGUGCUGGAGUGAACAGACUGCUCUGUGAUACCCACCUGGGCUCUUCUGAGGCCAAGCCUGCCAGUCCUAAUGGGGCAGACGGGUGCCCCGUAAGCAGAGCUCUGGUGCGGAACAGGGAGGCAUGACCAUUAUGAUUGUUGGGCCUCUGGGGCAACCGGAGGCGAGCUGGAGGUAGUUUGCUGACUGGCACUUUAAUCCACUUCUGGAGCUGGAAUCUUGGGGCCAUUGAAUGAAAUUACAGAUUUAGGAAGGGAACGAUGAAGAAAGAAAGCCUUCUUUUCAGUUUUUUUGGAAUUUAUUCUAGAAUUCCAGCAUAGCAUGGGCUUUUAGAGCUGGUGUGGCCCUAAAUUCUGAGGACGUAUUUAACCCCAAGGGAGGAGAGGUGAGUGACCUAUGUUGCUACAGAGUACCUGUGUAGACCAGUAGAUUGGCUUUCUAAGUACGGGUGGGGAAUGCAGGGACGAGACAGGGCGCUGUCAGCCAGCCAGAGGUGAUCGGCAGAAGGAAACCUCCACGGAGGGAUGCUCGGGUACCACUAGCAGUAGGAGGGGAAGGUCUGAGUCUAGCACGUCCCAGAGCCCCCAGUGAAGACCGGGGGGAAUUCUGUGCUCUGUGCAGCCUGGGCUGACCUUGCUGACUCAAUUUCCAUAGAGGUCUGGAAAAUGAACCUUUCCUGAAAAGUUUUUCCUUGGAAAAACUGUUUUCUUGAUUUUUGUUUUUUUCCAAAUUAGGAUCAACAUAGCCUCCCUGUCGCCUUAAAUGUAAAAACCCUAUUUUGAUUAACACCCCAGCAUGAUUUUAUAGCAAUAAGAGCAACUGAAUCUAUUUCUAAGUGUUUACCUCAUAUUACAGAAUGAGCGAGACAGUUCUCAGUUCUGCCCUGGAGCCCUGCACACAGCUGUUGUGUUUGAUGGUGGUCCUGGAGGGGCCCAGUGAAAGGCAGCGUUAACCCUACAGCUGAGGUUGUUUGUUCUGUGCUACGGAGGACGUGUGCAUCAUAUCUGUAUACAUAAAGAAUCGUGUGCAGACUGGUAGAUGUAUAACUAUAUUUACACAAAACGAUUUUUACAAUUAAAGUGCAUUUUAACACGAA